AUGGCAUCCCGCAAGAAGGUUCUAUUGAAGGUUAUCAUCCUAGGUGACAGCGGUGUGGGCAAAACAAGCUUGAUGAACCAAUAUGUCAACAAAAAAUAUAGUGCCAGCUACAAGGCCACGAUCGGAGCGGAUUACCUUACCAAGGAAGUCAUGGUAGAUGGACGACUAGUAACAAUGCAGAUAUGGGACACCGCGGGGCAGGAGAGAUUUCAGUCACUAGGAGUUGCCUUUUACCGAGGUGCCGAUUGCUGCGUCCUCGUAUACGACGUCAACAACUCGAAGAGUUUCGAAACACUGGAUAGUUGGAGAGACGAGUUUCUCAUCCAAGCCAACCUGAGAGACCCCGAAAGCUUCCCCUUCGUCGUACUAGGCAACAAGAUUGAUGUCGAAGAAAGCAAAAGAAUGAUAUCCUCGAAACGAGCCUCCACAUACUGUCAGUCGAAGGGGAAUAUUCCAUAUUUCGAGACCAGUGCCAAAGAAGCUAUCAAUGUAGAACAAGCGUUUGAAGUUAUUGCCAAGAGUGCUCUCCUGCAAGAAGAGUCAGAGGAGUUCAACGGCGACUUUGAUGAUGUUAUCAACGUCAACCACGACAGCGAUCGAGAUGCGUGUGCCUGUUAA